AUGGCCGAGGCGGCAAUCGAGCUGAACGGAAGAUCUUCAGCCCGUGGCGACAAGAGGAGACGAGAUCAAGAUCGAUCUCGCUCGCGCGAGAGGGGAUUCGAUCGCAACGCUGACCGAGACCGGGAAGCGGACAGAUACCGCGACCGCGACUCGUCCCGACGAGUACGAUCCAGGUCCAAAAGCCCAGACCGUGCUUUGCGGCGUCACCGGUCGCGCGAUAGAAGCAGAGAUCGGAGCCGCGAUAGAGUCCGAGACAGGAGCAGGGAGCGAGGGAGGGAGCGGAGCAGGGAGAGGAGCAGAGAGAGAGGAGUGCGGCAUGGGUCCUUAGAUCGACACGAGCGAGAUCGGGAUUCGAAGCAUAGGAGCCGGCGGGAUGAGCACGGGCGACUACGAGACGACGACCGGCAUCGGCGGAGCGACGACAGGGAGAGGAGUGAGAGGAGCCGGGAUAAGGACAAACAGUCGGAGCACCGGCGAUCCGAGCAACGGUCGGAGGAGGGGGAGGAGGAAGACGCGGAGCUAGACGCGGAUAUAGAGAUUAAGAUCGGCGAGGAGGAGAACGACGUGGAUAAGGUGCUGGAGGAGAGUCGCCGGCGGCGCCAGGCGAUUCUCGAGAAGUUCAAGGCACAGAAAGCCGAUGCGAAGCAAGCAGAUAACCCCGCGGCUGCAAGCUCCAAGGAUGGCGCAUCUCCCUCCAAGGGCGACCAGAGGUUUGGCUUGGCCAAUGGUGCACUUUCCACGGCCCUGCAUUCUUCCUCCACCCCCGCUGAUGCUGAUGCUGAUGCUGUUGCUGCCACUGGUAAUGGCACUGUCCCUACUGCUGCUGCCUCUCUUGGCCAGACAGAUGCACGUGCACAUGCGUCCAAGACCGCCAACGAUGCCAUCUUCCCUGUGUUCUCUGGCGACGUCGCCAAACCCUUAUCUUCCUCUGCGGCGGCGUCACCUCCCAAGGGUGAUGCCGGCACGGACAUGUUUGCAGAUGACAUGUUCGGUGAAUCCCCUGCAGCUGGAAGGAAACUGCAGGGGAAGUUUGACGGUGCAGCAAAGGAGUUUGGUCUGAACGACAACUGGGAUGACGUGGAAGGCUACUACUUGUCGCGCGUGGGCGAGGUGCUGGACGGGCGGUACGAGAUAGCAGCAACACAGGGCAGGGGGGUGUUCUCCACGGUGCUCAAGGCGUGGGACCUCAAGGAGGCGCGCCGGGAGGUGGCCAUCAAGAUCAUCCGCAACAACGAGACCAUGUUCAAAGCAGGGCAGCAGGAGCUGGUGAUCCUGCGCAAGAUCGCAGGGGCGGACCCGGACGACCGGCGGCACUGCAUUCGCCUCAUCUCGUCCUUCCAGUACCGCGGGCACCUGUGCCUGGUGUUCGAGAACAUGCACAUGAACCUGCGCGAGGUGCUCAAGAAGUUUGGGCGCAACAUCGGCAUCAAUUUGAGUGCUGUGAGGGCGUAUGCCACGCAGCUGUUCCUUUCGUUGAAGCACCUGCGCAAUUGCGGCAUUCUGCACUGCGACAUCAAGCCCGAUAACAUGCUCGUGAACGAGAGCAAGAACGUGCUCAAGCUAGCAGACUUUGGGUCGGCCAUGUUCUCAGGAGACAACGAGAUCACUCCAUACCUCGUCAGCCGCUUCUACCGAGCCCCAGAGAUCAUGCUGGGCCUGCCAUACGACCACCCGCUGGACAUGUGGUCAGUGGGGUGCUGCCUGUAUGAGCUCUACUCGGGCAAGAUGCUCUUCCCGGGCCGCACCAACAACGACAUGAUCCGCCUGCACAUUGAACUCAAGGGCACCUUCCCCAAGAAGCUGCUUAAAAAGGCUGCAUUCCUGGAGCAGCACUUUGAUGCGGACUUCAACUUCUGUGCAAUCGAAGAGGACCCUGUCACCAAGAAGCCGAUGAGGCGAGUGAUGGCAAAUGUGAAGCCAAAGGACAUUGGCACUCUCUUGGCCGGCUCUUCAGACGACGACGCCCGUUCACUCGCCGCCUUCCGGGACCUGCUAGAUAAAAUCUUCUGCCUGGACCCGGACAAGAGGCUCACAGUGGCACAGGCACUGUCACAUCCAUUCAUUGUCGGCAGGUGA